AUGCAGUUUGAUACUGUUCAGUCUACACCUUAUACAACCAUGGCUAUAGCAAGCAGUGACCUCGAUGAUAGUGAAGGUAGUCAAGCUACAGAGAGUAGGGAGACCUGCGGUAUUAAUAUUCCAGAUGUUAUGGACAUUGAUGGGGAGGAUGCUGGCUUUGAGGAUAUUGAUAAUGACCCUCAACCAACUAUACAAUUACCACCAAAUCUAGAAAGCGAAGAGGCUAUUGAUACUGCUAAAGGACAAUGGCCGGAUGUUGACAGUGUUGGACUUCGGUUCAGUAUUCUAUCUAAAAGAGUCAGAGAUAUACAGGCAGUUAUGGCGUCUAGUAAGGGUCCCAGUGGCAACGAUUUUACCUGGCACCUGCAAGUCCUACAAUUUAUGAACUGGCAAUUGAGAGGAAUAAAAAAUCCGCAUUUACAAUCAUUACCCUCGAGGAGAGAAUGUGCUAUGAAUGUGACUAUUGGUUUUGGCAAGGGUUCAAAAGUUAGGGAGAGAAUAAUAGAGAAUGAGAAGCAAUGGAUUAAGGAUAGAAAAAUCGAGAGCAGUAAGCAGGGGAGAGCUGCCAAAUUGGUUGGUUUGUUGGAGGAUGAGGGUACAAUUAUGGCUCUUCAGGAGUGCAUCUCUAGUGCUAGUGGUGGUAAAGGGGUCAGAGCAGAAAUGAUAUGCAAAGCUGUGUCUGAAUAUUGGAAGUCCCAAACGCCAUCGGCAGAUAUGGGGGAGGAAAUUCAAUUACUAUCUACCUCCCUGCAGGAGCUUGAUGAGACAGAAAAUUCCAGUAUACUAUUUUCUCAAAAGCUCACUAUCCACGCCAAUACAGCUCGGAGAUGGCUACAUACACUAGGCUAUAGCUGGAAGGAAGUCAAAAAAGGCGUCUAUAAAGAUGGUCAUGAGAGAGAGGAUAUGGUGGAGUAUAGACAGAAUGUUUUUCUCAAAACCCUGGAGGAUCUAAAACCGCGAAUGCCAUACCCCAUUAGAGAUUCUAAUGGUGAUGUUGAAGAGGUGGAAAUUCCCUACUUGAAGCCUGGUGAUAAGCUCUGCAUACCAGUCACUCAUGAUGAAGCAACAUACAAUGCCAACGAUGGCCCACACUAUCAAUGGAUUAAAGGCGAUGAGAAUCCACUCAGAAAAAAAUCCAGGGGCCAGGGCCUUCAUAUCUCCGAAUUUAUUACACCAUAUGGACGUUUAUGUGUGCCAGAAUAUGAAUCAUCAGAUCAAGAGUUGAUUCAACAUGGGUUGCAUAAACGCUAUGUUACAGAGAUUAUACAGUGUGGUGGUGAUAUCUGGUGGGAUCAGGACCACAUAGUACAACAAACACUCACUGCCAUCAACAUUUUCGAGGCAGCAUACCCAGGUUGUCAGGCCCUCUUCCUAUUUGAUAAUGCCAGUAGUUAUAGUGCAUUUGCUGAGAAUGCAUUAAAAUCGUCAAAAAUGAACAAAGGACCUGAAGGAGAGCAACCACAUAUGAGAGAUGGAUACUGGUAUAAUGAAAAUGGGGAGAAGGUGAUUCAGUCCAUGAAUUAUUCGCAGGAUGAUGAGGGAAUUCCUUUGAAUCUUAGCGGGCAACCUAAGGGGCUGCAAAAGGUUCUGGAGGAGAGGGGGAUUUGGCCAAAGGAAGAAUACUUCUGGGCUCGCGUCAAGCUCUAUACUAGAACCAAUUGUGAGUAUGAUAUUAAAUCAUUGAGGAGAAAUGUUCCCUUAGCAUUAGAGGAAGCCUCAUCAUUGAUACCCAAAUGGUGGGGCAAAUCAUUGAGAAUCAUGGAUGUGUAUAGACAGGGAAUAGUUUAUGGAAUCGAUGAGUUUAAGGAGAAGGCAUACAAGAGUCAUAGAAGGAUAUCUGUUGAUGAUUCAAGACUGUUCUGA